AUGCCUCCGAAAAUGGCACGCCAAUCACAAGUCCCACCUCAGACCCUUUCGCCCACCAACUUGGGCGCUUACGGCACGCCUUCGCCGAGCCUGCCGGCGGGCUCUUCCGCCGGCGCCACAGCCAAGCCACCCGUCAACAUAGCUGACCUGUGGGCGCAGCUAGCAGCGGCGUCGCCAACCGGCGGAGGCCGCGAUCACUCCUCGCCGGCCGGGGUGCCGAGACGGCCGCUCACCUUCAAGCAGCAACUGCUCUUGGGAAGCAUGCGAUGUCACGACGAGGACGUCCUGCGCGCAAACCACACCAACGCUAAGUUUAACGUGCUCCUGGCCGAGGGCCGAAAGUACAGGGACGACUUCCAGGCGCAGCACGGCGCCAAGCCCGCCAGCACGUUCUUGUACAACGUGACGGCAGAAAUACACGAGGGCGACAUGCCGGACAAAGCGACGGCAACGCACACGACAAUCAUGCAGCUGUGGAUCGCGGCUGCUGGCAGCCUGCGUGGGGAUACCGCCAUUGCGCUGAUCUAUGAUUACGGCAUGGACGCGGGCACCGUCCUCAAAGCGGACCAAGACUUCGCGCUCUCGGUGCUGACGGCCGCGCAGCAGGCGGUAUACGUCGGCCAGUCCCGGGACCCUCAACGGCGCUUCCAAGCUCAUGCCCGCAACCCACCCAGCCGGAUGAAGGACGACGCCCACCGCUACCAACCCUUCCGAGACCACUUCACCCUCACACGCCUCAUGUCCACCGCCAAUCCUGCUCUGGCCCAAAAGAUGGAGGCCCUCUACAUCGCGCAGUUCAAGGCCCGGGGGCCGGGCGGCUACAAUGUGCUGCAUGGGCCGCCUUCUGCCAGCCCGGCCUUCUACGCGAUGAGCCGGCAACGCGCCGGCAGCACCCACACGCCCACCGCCGUCACAGUCCAAGACGAUGACGCCCCAGCCACGCUUGCCUAG